AUGUUUGAUAGCCACCAUUCCUUGCUGGAUAUGAGUCAUAAAACACCAGAAAAUGAGAUGGACCAUAUUAGGGAUGAUGAAUUCGAGAGCAAAUCAGUGACUGAUGUAAUGGAAGCCGCUUCUGGAGAUGAUGGAGAUCCAAAUCAACGCCCCAAAAAGAAGCGUUAUCAUCGCCACACCCAGCAUCAAAUCACAGAAAUGGAAGCGUUUUUUAAGGAAUGCCCUCACCCGGAUGAUAAACAAAGGAAAGAGCUUGGACGUCAAUUAGGGUUGGAGCCUUUACAAGUUAAAUUUUGGUUCCAAAACAAGCGCACUCAGAUGAAGUCUCAACAAGAGCGCCAUGAGAACACACAACUGAGGAAUGAAAACGAGAAGCUUCGUGCAGAGAACAUAAGGUAUAAAGAAGCUCUUAGCAAUGCUGCUUGUCCUAACUGUGGAGGACCAGCUGCCAUUGGCGAGAUGUCCUUUGAUGAGCAGCAUUUGAGGAUAGAGAAUUCUCGCUUGAGGGAAGAGAUUGAUAGGAUAUCUGGAAUUGCAGCAAAGUAUGUUGGGAAACCUAUGCUUUCUUAUGCACAUAUUUCUCCUGGAUCAUCUCGUUCACUUGAUCUUGGGACGGUAAAUUUUGGGCCGCAGACAGGCAUGGCUGGUGAGAUAUAUGGUGCAGCUGAUCUACUUAGGUCAGUCUCUGGGCCAACUGAUGCCAACAAACCCAUUAUCAUUGAGUUGGCUGUUGCUGCAAUGGAAGAAUUGAUCCGAAUGGCCCAAUCCGGAGAGCCUUUAUGGAUACCUAGCACGGACAAUUCUGCUGAGACUUUGAGUGAAGAGGAAUAUGUCCGGACAUUCCCUCGAGGGAUCGGGCCAAAGCCCUUGGGAUUGAAAUCUGAGGCAUCUCGAGAGUCUGCUGUUGUGAUAAUGAAUCACAUCAGCUUGGUCGAGAUUCUGAUGGAUGUGAAUCAAUGGACAAGCGUGUUCUCCAGCAUUGUCUCAAGAGCGAUGACCGUUGAAGUUUUAUCAACUGGAGUAGCCGGCAACUAUAAUGGAGCUUUACAAGUGAUGACUGCUGAGUUCCAGGUCCCUUCCCCAUUGGUUCCAACUCGCGAAAACUAUUUUGCAAGAUACUGCAAACAACAUGGUGACGGGACUUGGGCUGUGGUUGAUGUUUCUUUGGACAAUAUAAGACCUACCUCUACAUCCAGGUGUAGACGAAGGCCAUCUGGUUGUUUGAUCCAAGAAUUACCAAAUGGCUACUCAAAGGUUACAUGGGUGGAACAUGUUGAGGUGGAUGAUAGAUCUGUUCACAGCAUCUACAAACCACUGGUCAACUCCGGUCUUGCAUUUGGGGCAGGACGCUGGGUAGCGACGUUGGAUAGACAAUGUGAACGUCUUGCAAGUGUAAUGGCUAAUAAUAUGUCAGCAGGAGAUGUUGGGGUGAUAUCGUCUCCAGAAGGUAGAAAGAGUAUGUUGAAGCUGGCAGAAAGAAUGGUAAUGAGCUUCUGCUCUGGUGUCGGUGCUUCAACUGCACACACAUGGACAACAAUGUCAGGAAGUGGAGCUGAUGAUGUUAGGGUUAUGACCAGAAAGAGCGUGGAUGAUCCAGGCAGGCCUCCUGGUAUUGUGCUAAGUGCUGCUACUUCAUUUUGGCUCCCAGUUCCACCAAAAAGAGUUUUCGACUUUCUUCGUGAUGAGAAUUCAAGAAAUGAGUGGGAUAUUCUUUCUAAUGGAGGCCUUGUUCAAGAAAUGGCACAUAUUGCAAAUGGCCGUGAUCCGGGCAAUUCUGUCUCAUUACUGCGUGUCAAUAGUGCAAACUCAAGCCAAAGCAAUAUGCUGAUACUACAAGAGAGCUGUACUGAUGCAACAGGCUCCUAUGUUAUCUAUGCUCCAGUUGAUAUUGUUGCCAUGAAUGUGGUCUUAAGCGGCGGUGAUCCAGACUAUGUUGCCCUCUUACCAUCUGGUUUCGCUAUUCUUCCUGAUGGACCUAUGAAUCUGGCCGGAGGGAUUGAUGCUGAGUCGCAACUGUUAAUAGCCUCAUCAAGUGCACCGUUGAAAGGAUCAAGGGUGCUGUGCUGUGCGAAGGUGCAUGACCUAAAUGUAUGCUUCCUGUUUAGACUUGAAAUGAAGAACAAACGGGAACAAAGGAUGUUUACCGUAGGAUUUGAGAGAAAGGGAAAGAAAGUCAAGAACGCACCUUGUAUGAUCCAUGCUGUGUAG